UUUCUAGGCAAGCGGUUGUGGUUGCCAUUGCCACCACCACAGCACCACUCAACAUACGAACGAAGAAAAUCUCAAACGUAUAUAUUUUUUUUAUAUCGAAAAACUCGGCGCAAGUGCUAACUUAAUAUAAACGAAACGAAUUAUAAGCGCGUUGCGCAUACGCCGUGUGUGUGUGUUUUAUAUUUUACACGUGUUGCAAUUUGUUUUCUUUUUUUGCAAGUUCUUGUAGAAUGUUCAAAAACGCGCGCCUGCUACUUGGCGCUAUUAUAAUAUUAGCCAGCAUUGUGGUGAAUACAUCAGCAACAGCGCGCAAUGAAAGUAACUUCUUGGCAACAUCUCUACGAUAUUUGGAUGAGCAACUGCUGUUUGAUCUGCUGCCGCGUGGGUCGUGUCCUGGUGACAAUGAUGCACCAUUAGAUGAAUUUCCAGAGCUCUUCACACUGGAACAACUGCGCAGUGGCUGGGUGGUGUUGCACGUAUUCGCAGCAAUAUACUUGUUCAUACUAUUGGCCAUAAUAUGCAACGAUUAUUUCUUACCAACGGUGGAAUGUAUUUGCGAGGACUUGCAUUUAUCCAAGGAUGUGGCUGCGGCUACAUUUAUGGCCACAGCAACAUCUAUGCCAGAGUUCUUUACCAACACCAUAAGUACGCUGAUACUUGACUCCGAUAUGGGCUUGGGCACUAUAAUCGGUUCGCUAAUGUUUAAUACACUAGGAGUGGCUGGACUAGCAGCAUUGGCUAUCAAUAAGCCAGUGCAGCUGGAUUGGUGGCCCAUAGCACGAGAUUGUGUUAUAUAUAUAUUCAAUACAAUAGUGUUGUUGGUGCUGGCAUGGGGCGGCAGCAUAAGUUUUGUGGAGUCCUGCAUUAUGAUGGGCUUCCUGGUGCUCUACUAUUUAAUCACAUUUAAUAAUAACAAAUUUAUGCCAGCCAUACGUGUUUUCAUAGAAGAUCGCAUGAAUUGCUGUUUCUCCACGCGCUAUGACUUAACGGAGCCGCCAGAGAAUAGCGCCAAGGCGCAACUGCCACUGAAGAAGGAUCCUUUGUCGGGCGAUGGUUUAUUUGUAGUUAACUUUCCCGAGAAUACAUCAUCCAUGUCAUCCACUGCAAAUUUGACUCAUUCUAAAAGUUGGAAUGGCGAAGACGAGCCUGAGGAUCAGCGCCCGGAAAGCGUAUUUGCCUAUCCACAUAGCGCCUCAGGCUUUAUGAAAUUCUGGUGGAUAUUCGUCUUACCCCUUAAGCUUAUGCUGCGCGUGAUUAUACCACAUCCAAUGAGGCAUCGCAAGCUCUACCCGCUGUCGUUCAUUAUGUGCAUCAUUACCAUUGGUGCCAAUGCUUAUUUGAUUGUCUGGAUGCUGACGGCAUUUGGCGUAGCCAUACACGUGCCCACCAUUGUGAUGGGUCUUACCUUUUUAGCUGCCGGAUCCACCAUGCCCGAGGCUGUCUCCAGUCUUAUAUCGCUGCGCAAUGGUGAGAAUGGCAUUGGUGUUUCGAACUCUUUGGGCGCCAAUUCGCUGGCCAUUUUGUUAUCGCUGGGCGUGCCAUGGUUCAUAAAGAAUUGCAUUAAUUAUGGCAGCGGUGAGCUGCAACAGGUUGGCACCCAGGGCAUUGAGUAUAACAUACUUAUACUCAUAGUUUCCACCAUAGCGCUGUACAUAAUAUUAAGCUGCAGCGGCUAUCGCCUCACGAAGCGAGUAGGCGUGGCAUUAUUUUUAGUAUACGCUAUAUUUAUAGUCCUACAAAUCUUGAUUGAAAUGAAUGUGUUCUUUCCACUUGUCUGCAGCAGCUAGUCACUGUCAAAGAAGUAUUUAAAUUCCAAGUGCCAACUGAAAGCUGCUUGUUAUAAGAGCUUGCUACAGUUUCAUAGCUGCUAGCUUUUGGCUGUUUCACAUUGUACAUACAUACAUACAGCUCAGAUAACUUAUGCAAAUAAAACUAAUGUACUUAUGUUUCUUCUUAGUUAAUGAUUUAAGCAUAUAUAGCAAAUCAGAAAUUUAUAAUUAAGCGAAUUUAAAUACAUUAACUAAACAGCUUAGUGCAUGAGUAGCGUAAUUCCUUUUUAAUUACUAGUUUAGAUAAUAUCGUAAGACUGUCUAUGCUGUAGGUAAAAACAAAAACAAACAAAACCCCAAACGAUACUAAUCUAUUGUAAAUUACUAGUAUUUACAUAAAUUCCACUAACUGUCGUCACAAAUUCUUGAACUGUUACCAAAAAUCAAUAAAUAUGUAUGUGUAUAUGUAUAUAGACCAACUUAGUUGUAAGUGCCCUGCGAUAUUUAUGGCCUUUGGCUAGCCUAGCCUUACUAAGCACUAUCACUGUUGAUAUUUCCCCAUUGUAAUGUGUGUACAUAAGAAUUGUUAUUAUUGUUACCUAAUA